CCCAGUUCUAAACAUGGCUAAAAAUAGACAGCAAUUUACGGCAUGGAGUUUAAACUACUAUGAUGACUUAAUUCAGGAAGUUCCCGAUUUACUCGCAAUGUAUAUAAGAGUGAGGAUUUAGGCAGUUGACAGCAAGUUUCAGCUGAGACAUCAGCCAGACUUACACUGACCAGACUUUUUUGUCAUUGACACAGACAUAUCUACUGCAGUCUUCAGGCCCUUGAGGAGCAGAAAGAAAGCAAGACACUUGUCAACCCCUGAACAACAGAAGAACUUCUCCAUCAUCUACAGUCAUGGGAUUCGAGAGAACAGAAGUAAAGACUCUGUACGAGAAACAGGGCUAUGUGACCAGCAUUCCUAUCCUCAGCCCUGAAGAGCUCCAGGAGGCCAGAGAUGCCUUUGCUGAGCUGGAGAGAACAUUUGGUGAGGAUUACACUUCCUACAGCCUGCACAAUGUGCAUAUGAAGUACGACUGGGUAAAGGCACUAACCAAACACCCUAGAGUUCUUGAGGUGAUCACUGCAGUCCUGGGUCCUGAUGUUCUCCUGCUGGACUCACGCUUCAUCUGCAAAUACCCAGUCUCAAAACAAAGCAAAAUUCAAGGGAGCAAUGACAUCAUUCCACACAACCAAGAGAAUGAGGGCCAGAAGAACGAGUCUGAUCAAGAAAGUGAGGACAGGCUUCCAUACGUGGCCUGGCAUCAGGAUAUGAAGUAUUGGGGACUUGAUGGAGGGCCAGUUGUCUCGGUCUGGCUUGCAUUGGAUGACUCCCAGGAAGAAAAUGGUGCCCUCCAGGUCAUUCCAGGAAGUCACUUCUCUGGCCUUUUGCCCCAUCGCCAAGCAAAGCGUGUAGGCAACAUGCUGAGUGUUAAUCAAGAAAUCCCAGAUGAGCUGGUUGAGAAAGAGAAGGCCUUGCUCUGCCCCCUUCUCGCAGGGCAAAUGUCUAUCCAUGAUGGACUCCUGGUGCAUGCUAGUGAUCCCAACACAUCAGGAAAGAGGCGUUGUGGCUUUGUGAUCCGCUAUGUUCCUACUGCAGCUUAUCCAAUUCAGGAUCCUGAACGGCCGAGGCGUUUCCUUGCAACAGUAGUGGUUAGUGGACAAGACAAGUAUAACCACUUCUCAAGUCAAAAACCUGAACUAUGAUUUAACUGAAAUGCUUUGAUCAGGGGUAGUAUGCAACUGUCUGUACUGUAUAUCUGAAAUAUCUGAAAAUACAUGUUAAUUUAAAACUCUCUACCUUCUCCUUAUUUUACUGAUAAUAUCACAGAAUUACAGAAGAUUUGGUAAUUAAUGUACUGUUUGAUUUGAUAUAGAAUGAUAGUAGUCCACUGUAGUUUCUUCCUUUGUAUUACUUGAAAUUCUUAAUUCUUAAGAAUUCAGUUCACUGCUUUAAGAAAUGUGAAAAAAGUUUGUUUAGUAUGAAAGAAAAUAAAUAAAUAUUGUACUAUAUGCUUUCAC